GGAAAAGUGGAGGAUAUAACCAUUAUUGGGGGCGGAAUCGGGGGUACCUACACAGGAUGGAGGCUCAGGAACAAAGGCCUCCGGAUAGGAAUUUAUGAAUACUCAAAUCGUGUUGGGGGCAGGAUGUACACAAGAACUUUUCCAGAUGCCCCCGACCUCCCGGUUGAGUUAGGAGCCAUGCGACUGAGGCCAGCAGACCAUCUAAGAAUGAUUAAAGCCGGAAGAGAAUUAGGGUUAACAUUUGUUCCUUUUGUUGAAGAAUUUGGGCGGAUUCCCGAACGCACCCGCCUUUUCCUGCGUAACACGCACCUGUGGAUCUCUGAGUUAGGGACGUCCAGAGCCCCUUACCGACUUAGGCCAGAGGAAAGAAGAGAUCCUAAUGAAUUAGCAAGGUUACUAUCUGAACGGUUUACAAACUAUAACGGUUCUGACCCAAAUACAGAACGGUUUACUGCUGUCACUCUCAGAGAUGGAGUACCUUUAUAUUUACAGAGCUACAAAGAGGUUUUACGAAAAACUGGAAUAAGUAAUGAAGGAUAUAAAUAUUUACUGGACAACUCUUUAGUCAAAUCUGGUUUUGGAGAUGACCAAAGCAUUAUACGGUUUCCUCGAGCAAGACGAGGAUUCGAAGAGAACACGACUCCCAAUAGACUUCCACGGGUGGUUACUAUUCCGACAGGAUUGGUUUCAUAUCCCAUGGGAUUUCUGAGACGAUUCCUGUCAAGGAACCCAAAAAGACACCGGUAUCAUCCAAACAGCCAACUCAUUAGAAUAUCAAGAAUAAAAAGAGGACUUUACCGAUUGAUAUUUAGAAGAACAAAAACUAUUAAUGGCAGAACUAUUCCUACAACUAGAUACUUCAGAGUGGUUACUCGUAAUGUAAUACUAGCUCUACCAAAAAUUGCUAUACAGCGGAUUCAGAUGCCAAAUUCUGACAAUCCAGUCUUCCAGUCGGCACUCAAUUCAGUAAUUGAUAAUCAAGCCUCUAAGAUAUUCCUUGUGUACGAUUAUCCAUGGUGGCUUAAUGAGCGAUACAAUUUCACGUUUACCCAAUCAGAUCUACCGUACAGACAAUCUUUCCAUUGGGGGAUAUCUCGCACUGGUAAAGCAGUUUUUCUCAUGUCGUAUGCUGAUUUCGAUGAUGUCGCGUUCUGGAGUCAAUUGCAAAGGAGAGGAAAUGUCAUAAGCAAAAGAAAUGAUGAUACCCGGGUAACGGACGAGGUUAUAAGACACGCACAUAUUCAGAUUUCCAAAGUUUACAAGAUAGACUGCAGACAUCUCCCUGCUCCUGUUGACGGAAUUAUGUUUGCUUGGGACAAGUACCCGUACAAUGGAGGCUGGGUAUCUUGGAAACCCGGAUCAAGAUGGUACGACAUCAAAAACUAUCUGACAGCACCUUUUCCUGGAGACAAUAUAUUUAUUGUACAUGGUUACUGGGGAGCGGAAUAUAAUGGUUGGGGGGAGAGUUCCUUGGAUGCCGCAGAUGACGUAUUAACUCACUUUGGAGUUCCAUCCUAUCUUUAUAGCAUGGGUAAAAAAUGAGUAUCCUUGUUACUUAGUUAUGGAAGACAAACAAUUGCAAACUC